GCAGACCCAAGACCUUCGCCGUUUUCAUAUUUCAAUUCUCCACCACCUGCAAUGGUCCGUCUCUUCCUCACGACUGCGCUUGCUGUAGCGACCCUCACCGAGGCCAUCAACCCGCUCCUCGUCAAGGAGAACACGAUCCUCAAGAACCUCCAGAAAUUUGAGCGCGAGAACCACCUCGAAGACACGGCCGCGCCGCUCCCCGACUCGUGGUUUGAGAAGCAGAUCCUCGACCACACCCACGACAACUGCGGCACGCCGUCGUACUGGAAGCAGCGCUACCACGUCAACGACGCCUACUACAAGGGCGCCGGCUCGCCGGUCUUUUUGUACAUUCACGGCGAAAACGUCGCGACGCCCGGCUACAUCACGAGCCAAGGCAUGUACAUCGUUGCGGCCGCCAAGAAGUACGGCGCGCUCCUCGUUGCGCUCGAACACCGCUUCUACGGCAAGUCCCAGCCGACAGCGGACAUGUCGACGGCCAACCUCGCCUACCACACGUCCGACCAGGCGCUCGCGGAUCUCGCGACGUUUCAAGACUACUUUGCAGCGAACCGCAGCAUUCGUGCGUCGUCGCCGUGGGUCGCCUUUGGCGGCAGCUACCCUGGUAUGCUCGCGGGCUGGGUCAAGUACAAGUACCCGACGCGCUUUGCCGGCUCAAUUGCGAGCUCGGCGCCAAUCGACAUCAAGGCCGACUACUUCGAGUACAUGAAUGUUGUCGCGAGCGGCCUCCAGACGGUCGGCGGUGACGCCUGCACGAGCACGCUCCAGGAAGGCCUCAAGCAGUUCCACGCGCUCGUCGCCAGCGACAAGCCGGACGACGUCGCAACGCUGAAGAAGCUCUUCAACCCAUGCACGCCGUUCACAUCGGACCUUGAUAAGAUGGACAUCGAGGCCAACAUCAUGGGCGCGUACCAGGGCUUCUCCCAGGACAACGACUGGGACUCGUAUGUCCUCAAGAACGCGUGCGCCGACUUGACGGCCAAGGAUGGCUUGAGUCCUCUCGAGAAGGUCGCCAAGAUCAACGCGCGCAGCUUCACACCUGAAAGCAACUGCACGAACUCCAACUACGAAGCGGACUGGGUCACGGGUGUCUCGGGCACGGCGCUCGACACGGAAAACAUCAACCGCCAGUGGACGUGGCAGACGUGCAACGAGUUUGGCUUUGGCCAGACCGCCGCCAAGAGCACGGGGCCGUUUUCCGAGCUCAAGUUUGUGACCGCCGACGGCGUCUACUACCAGAUGUGCAAGGAUGUCUUUGGCAUCACCGACACGGACGCUCGCAUCGCCGCCAAGCGCGCCGACUUCCACGGCCUCGACAUCGACGUCGGCAACGUCAUCUGGCCCGGCGGCACCAUCGACCCGUGGUCGGCGCUCGGCUACCACAACCAGACGCAGCCCAAGAACCCGACUUCGAAGGUCGUCUUCAUCGAAGGCACAUCGCACUGCGGUGACAUGAACGCACCGUCCAAGGCCGACUUGCCGUCGCUUGUGUGGGCCCACCAGCAAAUUGACGCGGCGAUCGCGGGUUUCGUUGGCAAGUAACGACCAAUGUUUUACCGCUAAGAUUCGAGCGAUAAGAAAUUAUGCACUCUACAUGUACUAGUAUCAUUUUGACAUUGGAAUCUUAUUGAUCGUGUGAAUUGUCAUAUUGUUUGCC